AUGGUACUUUUUGCUAGACUUCUCAUUCUGGCCUUGACUGCUGCCGCCACACCUAUCCUUCGUCGUGAUGCUAGUACGGUUGAGAACGAUAUAACGCAAAAAAUCGGCCCGCAAAUUACAAAACUUAACAACGACGUCAAUGGUUUCCCCGCUAGUGGUUUAACCGGAGCACAGACUAUCCACAACGAUUUUCAGACUCUUGCUACUAUUGUGGCUGCUACGACUGACGAUAUCAAAUCCACCGGCUCCUUUAGCAUCACAGCUGGAACUACUAUUCUUGCCGAUGUCCAACUGCUAGUCCCCACGCUCUCGGCUACAUUGGUUGCUAUUGGAUCUCAAGAACCUUCUUGGGCAGCUAUUCCAGGGGGCAGUGAACUGGUUUUUAGCGAUCUCCAGUCUCUCAAAGCGGCCUUCAACAACUUCAGCAAUGCUUUGGCAGCAGCAUCGCCCUUUCUUCUAAAAGCCGGGAGUAUCGCAAUUCAGACUCAGAUGCUCGGUGCCUUCGACACUGCAAUAGCCACCUACUCCGUCUCCGUCUAG